AUGGACACACCUACGAACACCACAUUGGCUAAACGCUCGCUUCGAGUCGAUGCGCUAAAUACACUCUUGUGUGCGGCGUUGGAGACUGGUUCUCCGACACCUGUCUCACAGACUAUUCGGUAUCAGGCUAGGGCCAACCUGCAGGUGAACCACUACAGCGAUGCCUACGACGCGGACGAUGAGCUUACUACCUUAGACGACAUGCCGACGACUUCUGUCCAUGGACUAAAGCCACGUCCAAUUUCGCGCUCAGCUCCCUACGUCGUUAAUAUCGAGGAAGCUGACAAUGAUUCGGAGGCAAUUAUUGACUGGGACCACGAUAUGGAGACUCUGUGCGGCGACAUACCGACGGAAUUCUUUACCAUCGUCGACAACUGCAACGAGGGCCUCACAUAUCAGGAAUGGAUAGACGAGGUUGACUACUACGAUCUGCGCGAAACCGAGAGUAUCUCCCCGUUCUCAUUGCCUGAGCUCGCUUUCCCCUGGAAAAUCGACUCAGAUGAUGAGCCUGCGGAAUACUUCGGAUCGCCAGUCCUGCCACCUCAGGAUGGAAAUCCCAUUAUCGAGUGGGCGAGCAAGUUGUCCAUGGAAGAUGCCCAGUGCACCUUCUCGGACGACUACUCCGAUUCCUGGUUUCCAGACUUGGAAGACGAACCAGCGGAAUACUUCCGCUCGCCUGUGCUGCCUCCUCCAUCACUCAACGAUUUUCAGUUCCAGCCCAGCCCUUCGUGGUUCGGCGGCGGUCCCUUCCAGCCCGCUUCGCCGUUCUCCAAUGGCUUCGAUGGCGACCUUCCCUUUUGGCCAACUCCACCGGCUUUCGGCAGUGGUCUAUUCCAACCUACUUGGCCAGUCUUCGGUGGUUCUGCUCGCAAUCUUCUCUUUCAGCCAACCCCUCCGUGUUUCAACAAAGGCCCCUUCCAGCCAACUUCGCCGCUCUUCGACGAAGAACUAUAA